AUGGUCGGCUACAAUAUUUGGUUUUGGAUGAUAGUCUUUCAAGCGUUAACGAUUCCACCAGUUUUAUCAGUGUCCUACACUUCAACCUCGUGUGUCUGUCUGUCAGAACCUGUACAAUCUAGAGACUUCAUCAGUCCGGUGGCAUUCAUACAAGACAAUAGUAGAUACCUUGUUGUCGAGCAGAGUGGGAAGGUACAUUCCUAUUCUUUGUCGUGGCGGAAGUAUGAGGUAUUGUUCCUGGAUAUGACGGACAAAGUGUCGUUUGAUCCAAACACACAAGACGAACGAGGGCUGCUUAAUCUCGUUCUGCAUCCACGUUUUAGAGAUAACAGGAAACUAUACACGUUUUCAGUCAGGACAUUACCAGACGGACAUGAUUACGUUAUUGUUUCAGAGCUACAGGAAAAGAACGGGUAUGUAGACACUAAGAAAGAGAACAUUCUGCUGACAAUACGACAAACAUCUCCUCACAGGAAUGGCGGUGCGCUGCUGUUUGGUCCUGACGGGUUCUUGUAUGUAGGUUUGGGAGACGGAGGCACCCCAGCUGACUCCGGCAAUGAGCAGGUUGCUACGCAGGCUCAAGAUAAAAACAGCCUCUUGGGUAAGCUGCUACGAAUCAAUGUCGAUAGUUUGAACUACACUAUCCCAAACGAUAAUCCGUUUGUCAAAAACACCACAGGCUGCCCAGAGGUUUUUGCCUACGGAUUCCGAAAUAUCUUCAGAUGCAGUCUUGAUACAUAUAGUAACGAAUUGUUCUGCGGAGACAAUGGCAAUCAUCAUCAGAAUGAAAUCAACAUGAUCAGAAAAGGAAGAAACUACGGCUGGAACAUCAAAGAAGGAAACUUUUGCUUAGCGCCGAAUUUGUGUGAUCACAUUGCUGACGAAGAGAAGCCGAUAUUUACUUACAACAACUCCGGUAAAUACAGUGCUGUAAUAGGAGGCUACGUCUACAGGGGAAAGGCGUUCAGGUCCCAAUGGUUCGGGGACUACAUCCACGGGGAUUUCUCCGGAGGACUUCUGCAUUUGGUAAGGCACAAUGACCGAUGGGAAUCACAAACCAUCCAGCUGUGCCCGCCCAGCUCAUGUCCGUGUGACGCACGAGCCAAAUAUGGCCAUUACCUGCAUUCCCUUGGUCAGGACAACAACGGGGAGUUAUUUAUCAUAACAUCAGCGUUUAACGAGGGUAUUCAAUCGGCCUCUCUGCUAAAAUUAAUACCACCAAGUCCCAACUACGUCACGUGCACGGGAGCAAAUGUUUAUUUCUCUGUAACCAUUACCUUCUUUUUGUCAUUAUGUGGUAUUGUGUUGAAGGCAGUUUCUACAACAUAA